AUGUCAUUGAAAAACUCUCUCAUCAUCGUUCUAAUGUGUUUCAUAAUGUCUGUGUUUAUGAACAUGAACUUAGUGGAUGCUGAGAUGAUCGAUUGUACGGGUGGAUUCUCUACUGAUUCAGUUCUUCUUUCAGCAAAAUGUGUUUUAGAUUCUGAGCAAAAAAAUCCUCGGUAUUGUGAUUUCGAUAAAUGUGGUCAUAAUAAUGCUCAUUUUGUUCCAAUGAAAAAUUGUGAACCUUAUAACCCACCAGGUAAAAAGAAAUCUACACAAAAUUGUUUAAAUUAUCAAUAUAAUGAUGGAUCACAUUAUUCUUGUUGGAAUGCUGCGAAUCAUUUGUUCAUUUGUGAACAUCAGUUUGGUGAUAAACCAGUGAUUUCUUGCGAUUGUUAA